UUCAUCAACUACUUCAAACCUUGAGCUCUCUCUCCCUUUUCUCUUCUCUCUCAAGACCCCUUAAACAAUGGAAGAGACAGCACUGACAAAAGAUCAGAUUAUCGAGUUCAAGGAGGUUAUUUGUCUCAUCGACAAAGACGGUGACGUAGCAGGUCGUAUAACGGUAGAAGAACUUUUAACAGUGAUCCGUUCUUUGGAUCAGAAUCCGACGGAACAAGAACUUCAAGAUAUCAUCACUGAGAUCGACUCCGACGGUAAUGCCACCAUUGAAUUUGCUGAAUUUCUAAACCUCAUGACCAACAAACUUCAGGAUAAUGAUGCAGAAGAAGAGCUGAAAGAAGUAUUCAAAGUCUUUGACAAAGACCAAAAUGGUUAUAUAUCUGCCAGUGAGCUCAGUCAUGUAAUGAUAAAUCUAGGGGAAAAGUUAACAGAUGAAGAAGUUGAACAAAUGAUAAAGGAGGCAGAUUUGGAUGGUGAUGGUCAAGUCAACUAUGAUGAAUUUGUCAAGAUGAUGAUCAACAUUGGCUAAUUACUAUUAUUUUGUGGACUUACAAAGCAAGCUAUCCUUAAUUAAUUACCUUUUUAGUUUGUAUUCCUUUGCGUUCACUACAUCUGAACAAAUGCGAAUUUUCUGAAAUUCUUUGAAGCUUUUAGCUUCAGUUUUGUUUCGUCUCUUGUUGAACCUUACAGGUGCAGUUUAAUCUAUGUAACUUCGU